AUGACUGAGUUUAAUUAUCUGCUAGACGCCUUCUGCUCAGCGGAUAUUUCAGUAAUUAAUGUGGUGCAGGACAUGUCAGAUAUUCUAUCAUAUCGCAAGCGUGCCCAUUUCACGCUAGUCCUUGGAUACGAAAUGGAUCGGCAAAGGCGUCUUCUCGUUGAAUUCGAUACUAGCGACAUAAGUGAGAAGGCACUGUCUCGUAUAGAGCGAUGCAUGAUUGAACACUCGGUCGACGGACAGUUUGGCACAAUUCUGGAACAACGUGAUCCAGACUACGAGCAGUGGUUGUUUGAGAACAUAUCAAGGCAUGACAACUCUUCGAUAGAAGUCUGGGAACAACACGAAGUUAUGGACGGAAAGUCGCAUGUCGUUGUGAAAGAAGGCAUCCUUGAUGAGAAAAUUCUCAUGGAAUUCUGUAACGAUCUAUACACGGCACAUUAA